AUGGCAACACUAGGAGAUAUUGGAUUAGCGGCGGCAAUCAACAUACUCACAGCCAUCAUCUUCCUUUUGGCAUUUGCAAUCUUGAGGAUCCAACCAUUCAACGAUAGGGUUUAUUUCCCUAAUUGGUAUCUGAAAGGUAUUCGAAGCAGUCCUCUGCAUUCAGGUGCUCUUGUGAGCAAGUUUGUGAAUCUAGACUUAGGCUCGUAUCUACGGUUCUUGAACUGGAGGCCCGCGGCUCUGAGGAUGCCUGAGCCAGAGCUUAUUCAUCAUGCCGGGUUAGAUUCUGCGGUGUACUUGAGGAUUCACUUGACAGGGCUUAAGAUCUUUGUACCGAUAGCAUUACUUGCGUGGUCGAUUCUUGUACCUGUAAAUUGGACAAGCGAUGGGCUGCAAAUAGCAAAGCUACGUAAUGUAACAUCUAGUGAUAUUGAUAAGUUAUCAAUCUCUAAUAUCGAAGGUGGAUCAGACAGGUUUUGGACUCACCUAGUGAUGGCUUACUCGGAGCAGAGGCGUCCUGAUCAAUUCACGGUUUUGGUUAGGAACGUACCAGCGGAUCCAGAUGAGACCAUUAGUGAAAGUGUGGAACAUUUCUUCAUGGUUAACCAUCCAGACCAUUAUCUUACACAUCAGGUUGUUUACGAUGCAAACGAUUUGGCGGAUUUAGUAGAGAAGAAGAAGAGCAUGCAAAACUGGCUUGACUAUUACCAGUUGAAGCAUAUAAGGAACAAGGAUCAAAGGCCAAGGUUAAAGACAGGUUUUCUCGGGCUAUGGGGAGAGAAAGUAGACGCCAUUGAUCAUUACAUAGCUGAAAUCGAGAAAGUAAACAAGGAAAUAGCAGAAGAAAGGAAGAAGGUAAAGAAAGAUGACGAGAACGUAAUGCCAGCAGCUUUUGUCUCUUUCAAAACACGUUGGGGUGCUGCGGUCUGUGCACAGACACAACAGUCGAGAAAUCCGACAGAAUGGUUAUCCGAAUGGGCUCCAGAGGCGAGAGAAGUGUUUUGGUCAAACCUAGCUAUACCUUACGUCUCAUUAACAGUAAGGAGGCUUGUAAUGCACGUUGCCUUCUUCUUCCUCACAUUCUUCUUCAUGAUUCCAAUAGCCUUUGUUCAAUCCUUAGCAAGCAUCGAAGGCAUCGAGAAAUCAGCUCCUUUCCUCACAACCCUCGUGGAGAAGGAUCUAGUUAAAUCAUUUAUCCAAGGGUUUCUUCCUGGUAUUGUGUUGAAGCUCUUUAUAAUAUUCCUGCCAAGCAUCUUGAUGGUCAUGUCCAAGUUCGAAGGGUUUGUUUCGUUAUCAUCGUUAGAGAGAAGAGCUGCUUUUCGGUAUUAUAUCUUCAACCUCGUUAAUGUCUUCCUCGGAAGCAUUGUCACCGGCUCUGCUUUUGAACAGCUCGAUUCUUUCCUCAAACAAUCUGCAAAUCAGAUUCCUAAGACAGUUGGAGUAGCGAUACCGAUAAAAGCGACGUUUUUUAUAACGUUUAUAAUGGUUGAUGGUUGGGCUGGCGUUGCGGGGGAGAUUCUGAGGCUGAAGCCUUUGAUCUUCUUCCAUGUCAAGAACUUCUUCUUGGUGAAAACAGAGAAGGACAGAGAAGAAGCUAUGAAUCCAGGACAGAUCAAUUUUCAUGCGACAGAGCCUCGGAUUCAACUCUACUUCCUCCUCGGUCUUGUCUAUGCUCCGGUCACUCCUGUUCUUCUCCCUUUCAUUAUCAUCUUCUUCGCUUUGGCUUACCUCGUCUUUCGUCACCAGAUCAUAAAUGUGUACAAUCAGGAAUACGAAAGUGCAGCUGCGUUCUGGCCAGAUGUUCAUGGACGUGUGAUAUCGGCGUUGAUCAUCUCGCAGAUCCUUUUGAUGGGAUUGAUGAGCACUAAGCGAGCAGCUCAGUCCACUCCUUUCCUCAUCGCCUUACCGAUUCUAACCUUUUUCUUCCACCGGUUCUGCAAAGGCCGGUAUGAAUCGGCAUUUGUACGUUAUCCGUUGCAGGAAGCUAUGAUCAAAGAUACAUUGGAACGAGCCAGAGAACCGAACUUUAAUUUGAAGCCUUAUCUUAAGAAAGCAUAUAUUCAUCCGGUAUUCAAAGACGACGAGUAUGAAGAUGGUCGGUCUGAGGUUUCCGGUUCUUGUUUCGAUGAUUUGGACGAAGAAUGUGUUACUGUGCCGACCAAACGUCAGUCAAGGAAAACUACGCCGGCGGUUAGUCAUGCUAGCCGCGAUUCUCCGAUUUCACCGUCAAAUGUAUAA